UAUGAUUUAAUCAAUUCUUCAUGAUAGAUGUGUGUAUGUUACUUAGUAUAAGCCAGAAACAACUCUUGAAUAAUUGAAAUAAGCAUUCUCUGAGUUCGGAAAGAUCGAAUAAUUAUAGUAAAAUGCUAAAUCAAAUGGAGUAUUCAUAGUAUUUGAUUCUCAUGAUGCAGGUACAUACUAAUUUAAUAAAAUAGUGAAUAGAGCAACAUCAAAGACAAUUACAAUAGGAGGAAAGAAUUUAGAUGUGAAUGAAUACUUAGAUAUGGACAAAUUAGAUGAAGAAGCAAAUAUAUUUAUAGAUGGAUUAAGUCCGACAACUACCCAAUUAUAAUUGAAAGAUAAAUUAUAAAAAUAUGGAAAGAUUUUGAAUAUUAAAGUUUAGAUGUCUGAUAAAGCUGGUGUAGGUUAUAUCUAAUUUGAAUAAAGAAAAUCAGCUGAAUAAUGUUUGGCAGAUUAGGCAAAUUUAGGAUUGCAUAUAACAAGGUAAAUAAAUAUAAUAUAGAGUUAGAGCAAUCAAAAAAGGUAAACAAUAACAAAUCAAAAGAGAUUAAUUGUUCAUAUCUAAUAUUAAGUCAUAAUAAUCUUUAGAUCAACUUAAAUCUUAAUUGGAUAAUUAUUUCUCUGAAUAUGGUAAAAUUGAAUCCAUAUAAACUAAUGUAAAUAAUAAAAAUUAAACAUAUUUUGCAUUUGUAAGAUUUGAAAAUCCAGAAGAUGCUUAUAAAGCAGUUAAAGCUUCUAAACCUUUUUUAAAUUAAAUUAUUACUAUAUAAUGGGCUGUUAAUUCAAAUGAUAAUAUUGAAGCAAAUCUAUAUACCAAAAAUCUUAAAUCAACUGUUACUGAACAAUAACUUAGAGAAGCAUAUGAAUCCAUUAUUGUUUUAGAUGAUAUUCAAUUAUUACCACCAAAUAAAUCUAAUAAAUUAUCAGCUUAUAUUUAUUUGAAAUCUGCUGAAGAUGGCAAAAAAGUCAUUGAUUUGGCUUUCAAAACUAAAAAAAUAUUUGAUUUAUAUGACAAAUUGACUGUAUAAAUCUCACCUAUGUUAAGUCCAGCAGAAAUCAUCUAAUUCAAAAAAACAUAAUAAAAACUAGCUUAUUAAACUUAUCCUUAACCUGUGCCCUUCCCUUAUUAAUAAUCAUUUUAAUAAUAUCCAAAUUAUUAAAAUCCUCCAUAUGGUGCUUAUCCAUAAUAACCACCAUUUUAUCCUGGUUAAUAUCCUCCUCAAUAACCACCUUAUUAAUAAGGUGGAUUCACUCAAUAACAAGGUAAUUAUAAUCAACAUAGACAAAAGAGAAAUUAUCAAAAUCAAUAAUCUAAUCAAUAUCAAAAUUAACAAAGACAACACUAACCAAGAAUGCCAGAUUUACAAUAUUUAUAAAGUUUGUAAUCUUAAGGAAAUGAGAAAAAAAUUACUGCCAUUAUUGGAGCCAUCCUGUUUCCUUUAGUUAGCUAAUAGGUUGAAUAAAAGUUGGUAAUUUAACUAUAAUAUCUUUAGGCACCUCAAGUGACAGGAAUAUUAUUAGAUUUUGAAAAUUAUGGAUUAGAAGAUUAAUUUAAAAUGCUUUAGGAUGCAACUUAUUUGAACGAGUAAAUCAAUCAAGCUGUAGAUCUAAUAAGAAAAUCUUAUUGAGU